AUGAUGAAGACCUGUCUUCUGGCGGCAGUGCUAGGCACUGCUGUUAAUUUUGUCUAUGGAUCUACGUUCAGCCCAGUGAGACCUCCGGCGAUACCUUUAGCAGUCAAAUCACCAUACAUGAAUACAUGGUUGGAGUCUGGAAGUGUUGGUGGCAGUGGAGGUAUUCUCCCGGGCUAUUGGCCUCGAUUUUGGGCGGGACCUCAACCUGAUAAUUCGGUUGCUGGCGGUGCUGGUUCUGUGACAGGUUGGGCUGGUCUCAUCAAAGUGGACGGCACGACUUACACUUGGAUGGGUGCUGCAGGCGUCAAUGGCGUCGUGCCACCAAGUGUUACACAAGAUCAUAUGGAGUAUACCUCCAGCAGAUCCACAUUUUUAAUGAAUGUAGCUGGAAAAGUUUCCAUGAAUGUAACAUUUCUAUCUCCGCUCACACCAGAUGAUAUUCGACGACAAUCAGUUAUCGGUUCAUAUCUUUAUGUUUCCGUGAAAGCAUUGGAUGGUGCUACUCAUGCUGUUGAGCUAUAUUGUGACACAUCUGCUGAAUGGACUUCCAUUCACAAGACGGAUACCGCACAAUGGAAUUACACAGUCGACAAUGGCAUCGCUUCCCACAGAAGUUGGAGACAAACUCAGAGCGAAUUUAACGCAGAUUAUGCCGAUGAUCAAGCUCACUGGGGAUCCUGGCUCUGGUCUACUAAAGCUGUCGCUGGCAUGACAUUUCAAUCAGGGCAUGACGUCGUAGUUCGACAAAAUUUCCUCAGUAACGGUUCUCUUCCAAAUACUCAGGAUACAGUUUACAGAGCAAUCCAAGAUGCUUGGCCGGUGUUCGCAUUUUCCAAUAACCUCGGAAAUGUUGGAAGCACUCCUGUCGAUACCCUUUACACCAUUGUUCAUGCUCAACAAAAUGCAAUAUAUUUUCUUGGAGAUGGUGGACUGAGGUCUGUUCCAUCUUUAUGGACAAGUUACUGGAAUUCGGAUAUAUCUUUGGUCUCCGAUUUCUAUAAUGACUGGGUAAACAAAUGGGGUGUCUGGGAUCACAAAUUUGCCGUCGAUUCGCUUGCAGCCGGAGGUCAGGAUUACUUGACCAUUACUUCGCUUUCGGCUCGUCAAGCUUUUGGAGCUGUUCAACUCUGCGGAACUCCAGACAAACCAUACUAUUUUCUCAAAGAGAUAAGUUCUGAUGGCAAUACUCAAACCGUCGAUGUCAUCUUCCCGGCCAUGCCUAUCUUCCUCUACUCAAACCCUGUUCUCCUAAAGUAUCUUCUCGACCCGCUUUAUGAGAAUCAAGAAGCUGGCCACUUCCCUCAAGAAUAUGCUAUUCAUGAUCUUGGCUCUAACUAUCCCCGUGCUGUUGGGCAUCCAACUGGUGAUGGAGAACCCAUGCCUCUUGAAGAAUGUGGAAAUAUGAUUAUAAUGACUCUCGCAUACUCUCAGCACGCUUCUGAUACGGCAUACCUAACGCAACACUACACUUUACUAAAGCAAUGGACUACUUUCCUCAUCGCUGAAGCCCUUGUCCCAGCAAAUCAACUUUCGACCGAUGAUUUCCAAGGUACUCUCGCAAACCAAACCAAUCUAGCUCUCAAAGGCAUCAUUGCCAUUGAAGCUAUGUCGGUGAUCGCGAAUCUCACUGGAAACUUAGGUGAUGCGUCAAACUAUGACAACAUCGCACACAGUUAUUUCACGCAAUGGGAGAAAAUGGCAAUCGUUCCGGCAACUGCAUCUGUUCCGGCACAUACCAAACUGGCCUACCAAGAUUCCACUGGUCACGGUCUUCUGUACAAUCUUUACGCGGACACCCUCUUGAAACUCAAUUUCGUCCCCAAGAGAAUCUACGAUAUGCAGAGCGCAUAUUAUCCAACCGUUGCUAAUGUAUACGGUGUCCAACUUGACUCCAGAAAUGUUUGCACCAAAUCCGACUGGGAAAUGUGGGCAGCAGCCAUUUCCUCUCCCUCCACAAAAUCCAUGUUCAUUUCCAAGCUCGCAACAUGGAUCGGUGUCACACCCACCGACCGUGCCUUCACCGAUCUUUACAAUACUCAAACGGCAGAUUGGUGGUCUGGCCCCUUCAUCGCCCGUCCAGUCGUUGGCGGCCACUUCGCUCUUCUUGCAAUCGAUGGCUCACCCGCUACAAUACCUGAGUGA